CUUACCUUCAUCUUUUGCAGGAUCCCUAACCUGGCCUAACCUACUUGCCAAAUGAGCUGCUCGAUGGGAAGGAUCCCUGGCCAAACCUAACCCAACUAACCCAAACCCUAACCUACUGAACCUAAGGACCUACUUCCUUACAAUUGAAAGCGUCUUUUCAUUUUAGUCCACUGACUUCAUCUAGCUUAAGCGUCAAAAGAUACCUUCAGAACAGGUAAAUUAAUGAAUGAAACUCACCCUCUUCAUACCUUUCAUUAAGUUCAAGACAAAGAGGACAUCAAAAUAACUUAUUCUGAUCUUUCCAUUUCGUCCAACAGAAUGGGUCGUAUCCUUGAAAAACCGACUUUGAAGACAACGACAAGAACAUCAGGUGGAGGAAAGGUGGGAGCAAAAAUGUCGAAACAAGUACUGGAGAAUCUACUACAACUAUGACUACCAGAACAAGAAUGUGGAGGACAUCUUCAUCCUCUACUUUGCCACCUACAACAGAUGAAUCAGAAGUACUAGAGGUUGAAAUGGCGCCAUCCGCAGAUGCUCGUAUGAAUCCUCGUUUGAGAAGAAACAAGUCUUCCCCCUAUCUGUUACAGGUACGAGAGGUGCCGCGUCUUGGCUCAACGAACAUUGCAGAUUCAGAGUAACGCACCUAUUCUGCUGGAUCGGACAAAGAAGCUGACCCCGUCUAGAAGCGAAGGCACCGACGCGACCAGAAUCGCGGAACUAGAGCUACGAGACGACCUCAUUCCGUAUGUGUUUCGACGCUAUUUGCCAGGAAGGAGCCAAGGAGGUGCAGAAGAAUACGAAGACUGGAGGUUCUUGUGCGACUUGUUGGAUGCGGAGGAUUGCUGAUUUGUAUAUUCGAUGGUUCGAGGAGUGCGAGUGGUGAAAGCGAAAGGUUGGACAUAUCGUUCCUUAGGAACGGUUCUUCAUAACUUGUUCUACUUGCAAAACGCAUGGUUGAUGUUCAUGUGAGGAGACGAACAAGAUCCAAGACAACACGUUCUCACUAUUUACCGUGUCGAUGUAAGUCCUCGUUGCAACACCGUUGUAGCAUUAUAUUCGACUUCUGCUUCUCGUGAUACAUAGAAGUAGAUUACAAGACUCUAAUUAGACGACCUAGUCCGCCUCCUCAAGAUGGAUGCAUUACAACCACGCGAUUAUGCAACACAACCAGCCUCAGAUAUGCUAAUUAGAGUUUUGUAUACCCGAUGAAUGCGUACACUACUACUACAUAGGAAGCGAAUACUGCUCUGUGCUCGUAGUUGAAAAAGCGCCCGAGUCCGAGGAUGAUCUUCCGCGCUAUUUCUUUGAAAGAGAACGAUCUUCCACUUUCUAUGACCUUUGAAAGGAUGAGAGAGAGAGAGUUUGCUCAGGUUUGAUCUCUACACGCCAAAAGUCGGUGAAAACGGCCACCAGAUUUGGCCGUGCAGUGCUGCGUUCUUGCAUGUGUUGGGAACGGAAGUCUUUGCGCCACAGUGGUUUUGCGCUGACGCGCAUCAAGUAAAGCCGAAAGAGGUGCUACAACAUGCUUCUAGAGUUAAGGGUGUGGGAUGAACUCCAUUUCCAAAGCGAUUCAUCUGAGCGACUCAUCUGGAAGAAGAAUGAAGCCAAGAAGAGAAAGGGACCCACCAGAUGAUUACCGGGAUGAAUUUCCUAGCCCUUUAAGAAAGGUCCGCCUGCUUCAAGAACAUCUUCAACUUCAUCAACUUCCACCCGUGCUGCUGCUGCUGACAACUUCCACCCGACAAUAACGACGAGGCCGAAGUCAACGAGAACUACAAGUCCUCAAUUCGGAAUUUUUGCGCCUUUGCCUGCUUCGCCUACGUCACAAUGCUGGCUCUCGCAAUUCAGCCGAUGAAAAGGCAGAGCAGCAGCACUAUUUCAUCUGCUUGAGUCUCACGAAAAACAAGCGGGGAGAGAGAUGCUGGCCUUUUUGAUAGCGGGUCUUGUGUCUUAAGGCUCCAUAAAACCCAAGCCCACGUGGAUCCUGUCAAGGUACUGCGCUGGUAGUACCUCGUGGAUAAUUCUCGGGCUGCUCCUUGUAUUGAGACCAGUACUUGUUCUGAGAGGCGAGUACUUUAGCGGGAUCUAAUAUUCGCGGGAGGAUGGGUCGUUAGGGGUAGCUCUAAGUGUCGUUUUCCACCUCCUGGGCCGUUUUUGGAUGGACGCUGGAGGCAUGCUCUGUCUGGUGCUGGUCAGCCGGAUUUUACGCACUCUGGUCAGCCGGAUUUAUUUUCAACUCCAAGAAUUACUCUGCGGCUUGAUUUGAUAUUCUGGAAGUGUCUCCUGGUGGCAGCUAUGAAUUGAGAGUUCGGUGACAGCUACUGGAAGAUAUUGCUUAGUCUCCACCAAUGUACAGUAUCGUAUGUAUCUAUAUGUACGACUACGUAAGACGACUCACGCCAUGGAUGACACAAGAGAGGAAACGCCAACAAAGCGCUAUUUCUGGUCCAGGCUUCAAACGUUGGCACCACCUUCUUCUAGAUGUCGAUAGCUCGCUGUCUUCCCUCUAGUUAUCAUGGUGUCCAUGCUCA